AUGGCUCCCGGAAUCCUAGUCGAUGACACUUACCCUUCCCCUAUCAACCAUGUUGUACUGUCCAAGAACGAGGACGCCCCUAGGUCCAUCUUUCCAGAUGGCAUCAGGACCUCGGGCCAACACCCACCUCUCUACGACACACUAAAGCCCUAUUCUGAGUUCCCUAAAGAGAUCACCGGGCCUACCGUAUGGCGCAAGGAGGACUAUGAAAACAAUCCCGAGAGGUGGACCCGUCCGUUCACCGACCAGGAAGUAGAAGAGCUAGGUCGUGCCGCGGACAAUUUUAUCAACAGCGGCACGGCCCUUACCGGUAUCUCCAAGGCCCUCUUUCCUCUUCCAGUACUCGGCAAAGUCCUCGCCACCUUGAGAGAAGAUCUCCUCAAUGUCGCCUACAUGGGCCUCGGCACGCACUUGGGCUACUUCCUCUCCCAGAACGGCCGCGGCCACGUCCUCGGCCACGUAAAGGACGUUGGCGACGACCCUACCCAGAUCCACAAGGGUGGCGAGAGCGACAUCGUGAGCUUCCACAACGUCUGGAACACGCUCGUCCGGGAGAACGCAGACGUUGCCGAGCUCUUGACGAAACCCGUCUGGUACUUUGACAGGAAGGGUGAGGUCUCGACCGGGCAGGAGGAGUGGACCCGCCAGCCCAUCGCGUACCUCGAGAACGGCGGCAAGAACCGCGUCUACGUCAAGUGGGAUCCGUAUUACGUUCGGUCCCUCAAGAGGUUCUCUGACGAGGGCCUGAUCCCUGCGCUCAGCCCCGAGCAGGAGCGCGCCGCUCUCAUCCUCGAGGAGACUGCCAACAGACUUGCCCUCCACAUGGUUCUCGAGGUUGGCGACAUCCAGUUCCUCAGCAACGCACACCUCCUCCACGCUAGGACGCAGUACAAAGGCGAGGGCGGAUGGGCGCUCCCCAUGCCCGAUAGUGCGCAAGCAAAGAGGGGCGGCAUCCAGGUGAAUGACACGGCUCCGAGUGCCCCACUCGACGCUGAAUAA